AUGGUCGGCAAAAAGAGUGGAAAGGCACUCCUACGGGAGGAAGGCCUAGAGAGAACAGAUAACAACAUGGAUCUGACUUCAUGGCCCACCAUCAUACCCAUCAAUCAGAAGAACUACUACACAGAUUACCUCAAGCGCGAUGAACAGAUCCUGGCAGUCCGAUCACAGCAGGAGGAGGCUCGAAAUAAAAUGAUAAAACAAGCCAAAGACAGAGACAGAGCAUUAGCACAAGGAAGGACAGUUGGUCCAGAUGGUGACAUCGAGAUGGAAGAAGGUGACGAGGAGAACGAAGAUGAAGCGUCCAGCGGCGCCAAAACCAUUGUUAUCCACAUUGGAUCUCAGAACCUCAGAGUUGGCCUGGCAAAUGAUGCGUUGCCCAAGACCGUCCCUAUGGUUGUCGCGCGUCGCGCAGAAAUGUCGGAAAGUGAGCUCGACAAUGGAGAACCUGCACCAAAGAGAGCCAAAUUGAACAACGGCCUCCCCCCUCAUGAACCUGAAAAGCGCUUUGGUGACGAAUUUGCAAAGAAGUUUGCUGGAAUGUCUAACGAUCUCAAAGUCAGAAUGAGGAUGAAUAAACGGAAAGUCUUACCACAGUCGCGAGAUAUGGUAACAAGCUACAACCGAAGAAAUACAUAUGAAACCAUCACCGACUUCAACGAUACAAUGCGGAUCGAAUGGACCGAGACAUCGCAUAAACGACCAUGCAUUACCGGAAAAGCUGCUCUCAGAAUCCCUGAAUUAUCAGAACCCAGGUACAAGCUGUUUUGGCCCAUCAAAAAUGGUUGGAUUAACGAACAGGACUAUGCAUCGAAACGGUUUGUGUACGAAGAUAUCAGAAUCAUCAUUGAAGACGCCAUCAACCUGCAGCUGGAGCUCAACAUCAAGACACGAGAGGAAUGGGGUCAAUACAGCUGUGUCAUCGUCAUUCCGGACUACUAUGAACGGACGUAUGUGACGAGCCUUCUCGACAUGGCCAUCACGGAAUUUGGGUUCGCCCGAGUGUGCUUCAUUCAGGAAAGCUUAGCUGCGUCCUUUGGUGCAGGCUUCACCGUCUCCUGUGUCGUUGAUAUUGGUGCACAGAAGACGUCAAUAUCUUGUGUGGAGGACGGAAUGGUUAUCGACAAUUCACGGGUGAACAUCAAAUACGGCGGUGCUGACAUUACGGAAGCAUUUGUGAAGAUGAUCAUCUACAAUCAUUUCCCGUAUGCCGAGAUUAACUUGAAUCGGAGAUAUGAUUUCCAGCUGGCUGAGGAGUUGAAGCAGAAAUUCUGUACCAUGACGGAAGCUGACGUCUCUGUUCAACUCUAUGAUUUUCAUUUACGAGCUCCAGAUCAGGAGACACGGAAGUACACCUUCAAAAUUUACGAUGAAGUCAUCCUGGCGCCCAUGGGUCUGUUCAAACCGCAUAUACUGAACAACAGUGGCAAGCUCGAUGCGCGUAGGAAGCUCGUUGAGAAGUCAUAUGAUAUUUAUGAUAACAAGCCCAACGAUCCAAGCUCAACAGCUCAGGCUGAGAUUCUCACUGCCAUCGCUCCUGAAGAAGUCCUUACUUCGACCACCAAACCGACCAUCAAGACAAACGGAGUUACCAACGGUGUUGUCACUAACGGCACGAAGGAAGAGUCCUUCAAUGAUUCACGCCGACCUUCUUUCGCCAAUAUCAAAGAGAUGGACUCCACGCCGCAACCCUCUGCCGCCAGUUCUCCUGCUCGUCAAAUUGACGGAACGCCGCAACCUGAGGAUGUAAUGAUGGACCGUGGCCCACCCGGCAAUGAAAAGCCCAGGAUCGAAGAAGAAGAAGAAGAGCCCAUCUCAAUCGAGCGACGUGACGAUGUUCUUCCGAUCUACCCGCUCCCUAAUGCGGUUGUCACGUCGAUCACCCAUGCAGCACGAGGCUCGGCCUCCAAGACUGGGGACUAUUUGAGUGGCAUUAUGCUGACGGGCGGGACUAGCAUCAUUCCGGGCCUAGCGCAGCAUCUCGAGGACUCUCUGCGAGGUAUACUCCCAGGCUACAGCAAGGACAUUCUGGUGGGACGGCCUCCGAGGGAAUUGGAUCCCCAGGUCGUCGUCUGGAAGGGUGGAGCGGUUUUUGGAAGGAUGUCAAGGACGAACGACAGUUGGAUCAACGCGUUUCUCUAUGAGCGUCUAGGUGAGAGAGUUUUGGCCCACAAGUUGAUGUGGGCAUGGUAA